AUGUCUUUGAACGGACUGGAUGUGCCAGAAGUGCAGCAGGCCUAUGAGGUUACCCUGAGCGAGGCUGGAGGAUGGAUCCUGGUGAAAUACGUCUCUCGCGACGAGAUCGCUCUGCUUGGCCACGGACAAGCAGGCUUGAGCGAAGCGAGAAAUGCGAUUUUGCAAUACGACGAGCUGUCCCCUCUCUACGGGCUGGUGGUCUACCGGCGCCGAAAGGUACUCGUCAAAUAUGUGCCCAGAGGAACAUCGCGAUUACUGCAAGCGCGGACAACGGUCCACCUCCGGGAGGUGCAGGAGAGAUGGGCCCCGUACGAGACGAUGCUCGAGAUUGAGACGGCUGACGAGCUGAACGACACGGCUCUAGCAGCGGCCUUUCCUCUUCACACCGCCUCACCCGCACUGUCCAGCAAUCAAUUUUCCCUGAAUGAGAUCACCGAAGACAACGAGGAUGGCGACGCCGCCCCCAAGCCGCUGAUCCACAGUCGGUCCAUAUCGUCGGUAUCGAGCCGGAAGCCUCCACUUGAAAAGCGACCUCCUUCGCAGCGUUCUUACCGCGCGCCCUCGUUUUCGAGUGCCCAAUUCGCUGGCGAACACUCGCCCGUCCUGAAGAACAAGUCGUCUCUGUCACAGUUUCUGGUCCGGGAAGAGCUAGGGCACAAGUCAGUCACACAGUUGGACGGAUACUCGGCGGGCGAAGAUAGUGCUUCGAUCAAAGACAAAGACGACGCUGCUUCAAUACUCAGCACUCGCACCGAAUCGGCCGUCCCGUUGACGACUUCUUCUACCCGGACACACACCAAUGAGUCGGCUGAUUACGAUUUGGAGAGAUACCUUGAUACGUUCUUCCAACCGAAGAUCAAGCUUGGUCCGCGUGUAGUCAACGUGGUCGAGAAAGGCAAGCACGCAUCAGCGUCAGCACCUGUGUCGAGCCUUCCCGCCGGAGUUCAAUUCAGGCCAAAACAGCCUCUGUCACACCCGCAACCGCAGUAUCCAGUGAAUCGCAAUCGUCCUACCGACUACGCCCCCCUGGGUCUCACGGCGCCCCCGAGGCUGCCCUCUCUCCAUUUCUCGCCUCAAAUCCCCGACAUUCCCGAGUUCCUGCCGCCACGACCCAAUUCAAGAGGCAGCUCUCGCUCCUUGCCAGCGUCUCGUGCAUCUAAGGCGUAUUUGAGUCCGGAGAAGCAGCGCCUCAUGAAGGCCCUUGAGAUGAGGAAGCGCCAGCUGGCCGUUGCGCAAAAUGUCGGUCCGCCGACUGCUGACAAUACGGGUGCAAACAAGGCCGAUUCUGAAUCUCUGCCUUCACUUGUGCAAGAGGAUCUGAAUCAUGUAGCCGAGGCAAGCUUGGAACGAUCUGAUGCCCAACCCGUCUCAGAGCGGCAAGCGACCACUCUUUCGACAAACUCUACCGAACAACCCACCAUGGAGGCUUCUACCAGUACGACUCUCGACAAUGCAGCUCCGGCGCAGCACCUUAUCAAGGCACACCGACCAUCAAUUGUAGACAAGAUCAUUGAACUUUCCAUUCACAGCCAGGAACACAUCGCUGCGCACGGACCAACCGCAGAGGUGAGAGAGCCUACACGUCCAGUCGCCGGUGGCAUCGUCACUGAAGAUCAGGAUCAUUUCUCGUCUGAUGAUCUGGUCCAGAAAGCUGGAAAGCCGUUUGAUCCCACGACACCCACCAGCGCAUCUAGACCAGAAGUUCGACAGUCGACAGACACUCUUUCAUCCGUCGUACCCGAAGAACAUGACAGUUUUGAGCCAGAAAUUGAAAACAGCUCAGACUCUCCACAGAAGAUGCGCCGCAGAGGUUUGCUAGAACCCUUGCAGAUUCAAUUUCUUGCAGACGACGAUUUCAUGGAUGAACUCCAAACUGCCACUUUCGAGCAAGCCACCCCUAUCGCUAUCUCAAAACGCCCGAGCACGCGUUCCGCCAAAUCAUCGAACUCGAUCGUCACAGCAGUCUCCACCGAAUCUGUGCCCCUCGUGCCUUCUUUACUACUGCCCUCGUCCGAACCGCAGUCAUAUUUACCAACCCGGACGCCAUCAGUCUCCUCGUCCAACGUAUCAUCUGGCAUCUCUGCCAGGAUUGCCGCCCUCGCCGAGAAAUCGACCCGUGACGGAAGUCCACCAGUUGCCCCUGCAUCUCGCAAAUUCUCGUACGUCGAACAAUCGGCCGAAGCCCAAGCUACUGGUGGGGCUGAAAGAAGACAAGUCGGAAAGUUGUCUAAAGCUAGAAGCGCGCAACCAGGCAAUCGGGACUCAGUCUCGGUCACCGCACGCAUUGUCCGUGUCCCUCGUGCAGGUGAGCCAGUCAACGCACCUGAACUUCAGGCUUCGCCGCUUCUUUUCAAUCAUCAGCGUCCUACACAGGACAACAACCGAGUGCCUCCUGCCGCAGCUGUCACCAAUACCAAAUCUUCUCAAGGAGAACAUGACAGCGUCAUGUCUCCCCAGAGCAGAGAUGGUUUGAUGUCCCGCGGGUCAGUUGACACCAGCGCUACUGGCAGACGCAAGUCAUUCGAUCGCAAAUCCUUCAAGAGCCUGAGCGGCCCGACCAGCCCAAAGAAGAACGCUCUCAAGCAGACUAUGACACAGCCACCCUCUGACGACAGCCCCGACAAGACCAGUCGCACCAGUCGCUUCUUCAAGCGCAUCUCCCAUCUUGGUAAGGACAAGAAGAAGAGCGCUUCCCAAGUGCCCACGAUUACGACCACGCCUUCCGAGCCUAUGUCUCCCACCUCAGCUACUCGAUCGGGUCCUACCAGCCCUGCAACUGUCACCUCCAUCCCCGAGUCUGCUAUGGAGAAUAAGCCUGCCCUUGCACCUCCUGUCGUUGCUCGCAACCAAGCAGUCGCCGCGGUUUCAGCCUCAAAACCUCGUCCAGACUCUGUUGCCGAUGUUCCUCCUCCAGUGUCGAUCGGAGACUUCAAUGUGCAGUUCCCCGAUGCGAUGCUUUGGAAGCGACGCUGGAUUGAAAUCGACGGUACUGGUCACCUCAUUUUCACCGCAGCUGCUCGUCACAGCAGCAUUGGAAAGUCAUUCAACUCCAAGUUCCACCUUAAAGAACUUGGGCCUCCUUUCAUCCCUGACAUGGACAGACAAGAGAUGCCACACAGUGUGAUAUGCGAUCUCGUUCAUGGAGAGGGUUCUAUCCAAUGUGCCAGCGAGGAUGCCAUGUCGCAACGCCAAUUAUUGUCUCUUCUUACUACUUAUCAUCAAGCUUGGAAAACUGUUUGA